AUGUCGACCACCGCUGUCCAGCAGACCGAAGUCCAGCCUUCUGCUCCUGUGAAGGACCCUCACCAGUAUGACUACAGUCAUCUCAAGCCGUAUGUGCACCCUCCAGAGACCCAAGAAGACUUGCCCUGGUCAGAGCUCGUGACCCUCGAUCUAGAGGACUACAACCGACCUGGAGGCAAGGAGAGGCUGGCAAAGCAACUUGAACACGCCGUGCACCACGUCGGCUUCUUCUACGUGAAGAACUAUGGCUUGACAGAGGAGCAGGUGAACCAGCAGUUCACGCUGGCCAAGAACUUCUUCGAGCUCCCCGUCACAGAAAAGGAGAAGUACGAAAUCCGCUACUCCGCCGCCGACUACAACGGCUGGCGUCGUCCGGGACGGUCCCUGCAGGGCAAAGCGCAGGACAACAUCGAGAUCUACAAUUUCGCUAAAUUCACACCGGACUUUGCGGGCAAGUAUGACCAUCCGGACCUGCUCAAGGCGCAUCUGUCCGAGAUCGAGGUGUUCCAUCGAGCGCUGCACAACAAUGUGGUACUACCGCUUCUGCGUCUGUUCGCCAUCAUUCUGCAGCUGCCCGACGAAGACUAUCUGGUCAAGCAGCACACCUACGACAAGAAGAGUGAAGACCAUUUCCGAUAUAUGAUCUACCACCCGCGCACUGAAGAGCAGUGGGCGGCCAGCGACUACGGCAAACGAAACGGCCACACCGACCUAGGCACCGUCACCUUGCUCUUCCGCCAACCUGUCGCGGGGCUGCAGAUCCUCGGCGAGGACGGGAACUGGACCUACGUCAAACCAGAACCGGGCACCAUCACCGUCAACCUGGCCGACACGAUCAGUCAUCUAACCGGCGGCUGGUUGAAGAGUUCCGUCCAUCGCGUCGUUGCCCCGCCCGCGGACCAGCGCCACUACAACCGCACGGGUCUGCUGUACUUUGCGCGUCCGCACAACGACACCGUGCUGGUGCCUAUCACGGACAGUCCUGUGCUGCAGAAGGCCGGCGUUGCGCCUCGUUUUGACAAGCAUGUUACCGUGGAGGAAUGGGUCAAGGCGAAACAGACUCUGCAGUUGAAUCCUGAUAUUGCCGCUAAGCGAUGGGCUGAGAAGGGGGACGGCACUGUCGAGGUCAUUGCCGGAUUCCAUGAUAGGAAGUACAAGGAAUAG